AUGUCAAGACCAGAGCAUCAAGCACCACCCGAAAUAUUUUAUAAUGAUACCGAAGCAGCUAAAUAUACAACUUCAUCAAGAAUUCAAUCUGUUCAAGCUGAAAUGGCAGAAAGAUGUUUAGAACUUUUGAACUUACCUACUAUCACCACCACCACUACCACUUCUUCUUCUUCAGAAGAUAUUUUUUUACUUGAUAUUGGUUGUGGUAGUGGAUUAAGUGGUGAUAUUAUUACUGAAGAAGGUCAUCAUUGGGUUGGUGUUGAUAUUAGUGGUAGUAUGCUUGAAAUCGCUUUGGAUAGAGAAGUGGAGGGUGAUCUUUGUUUACAUGAUAUUGGUCAAGGGUUCGGAUUCAGAGCAGGUAGUUUUGAUGGAGCAAUAAGUGUUUCAGUUAUUCAAUGGCUUUGUAAUGCAGAUAAAAGUACGAAUUCACCACCUAAACGAUUAAAGCUCUUUUUCGAAAGUUUAUUUGGAUCAUUAGUUAGAGGAGCAAGAGCUGUGUUUCAAUUCUAUCCUGAAUCAGAUGAUCAAGUUCGAUUUAUUAUGUCAUAUGCUAAUCGAGCAGGUUUUACUGGUGGAUUAGUAGUCGAUUAUCCAAAUAGUCAAAAAGCAAAAAAGUUUUAUUUGGUGUUAAUGACUGGUACUUCAACUAAUUCAAAUCAUCAAUUACCAAAAGCUUUAACAGAAGAUAAUUCAUCAUCAUCAAAUCAUCUUCAAUCAAAAGUUAAAUAUGAAACUCAACGUAAAAAGUUAUCGAAAAAUCAUUCGAAAUCGAAAAGAUUAGGUGGUGAAGAUAAACAAACUUGGAUUUUAAAGAAGAAAGACCUUUAUCGAAAAAGAGGAAAAGAAGAUGUACCUCGAGAUUCGAAAUUUACGGGUCGGAAAAGAAGAACUCAAUUUUAA